UUCUCCACCCUCACCCAACACUCAUCCACCCACCCAACCAACUACCUACCCUACGCUUAACCAUCGAAGACGCGUCUUUCCUAGUUCGAUUAAGCGCUCGUCAGAAGCGCUAAAAAAAAACGACGGCCGACGGAGCCUGAGGCGCUUGCAAAAGCCAGCGAUCAGCGACCAUCGGCCGUCGGCGUCGCCGUUAUCGUCAUCAUCGUCAUCCUCCUCGUCAUCUUCGUCGUACUCUCGAUCAUCGUCCACGUACCUGCCUGUUGUAUAAUUGGCUAUGGUGCAAUCGAGAAUUUCAAAAAUGCCCGACGCCAAAAUCAACGCGCAAGAGGCUUUGUUCGGCAGGCACGAGGGGGCCGGCUUAGACAGUACGGCGACCGUCGAGCCAACGAAUUUACCAUCCUGGCACAUACCAAGGCCAUCCCUAGUUGGUAGGAGCGAAAGGAACAGCGAGAGCGGCACGUGGAAGCAUCACUCGGAUUCGCCAUCUAGAGGCUCGACGUCGUCCCAGGGCUCGACCGCCAGCACGCACAGCGCGGCCUCCGGCACGUUACUCCUCACCGCAGCCAACCUGGCGAAUUUGGCGGCGAUCGAGCCACCGAGGGUCACGGCGCCCAAGCAGCUCGACACGGCCUCGAUGGCCAGCAGCACGCACUUCACGGUCGUAAACGGGCUCAGCAGACCGAGCACCGCUUACAAGAAGUCCUGGUGCGCCAGGAACCAACUCACCGUCCUCGUAUGCACAAUGAGCUUCCUCUUCAUGCUUGGACUGCUCGCCGGGGUCCUCUAUAUGGAGAGUCAGUAUGAGUGGCGCACGCGAAGCUCCGCUAAUCGCACUUUUCUCUAUCUUAUUAUCUAUCUUUAUGAUGAUGAUGAUGAUGAUGAUGAUGAUGAUGAUGAUGAUGAUGAUGAUGAUGAUGCCGAUGAUUGUCCAUUUACAUUUGUCUGUCGCUCCCUUAAUCCGAUACGUUGAUUUGUGUUUUGCAGUGAGAGCUCGAGGCAGAUACAACUAGGUUUGCUAGGAGCCGCGGACACGAACUUUCGACGACUUUCAAAUUAUGCCGAAACAGCGGGGGAGGUAGCCUGGAAGGGAACUUUGUCUUUUUGGAAGGAUACUCGCUAGACUGCUGAAUCAUCAUCUGAUUGUCAAGCGAAUACGCGAAAGCAGCACUUGACCCUCAAC